AUGGCAUCACCAGUCCAACUGACCGCUCCUAAUGGAGUGAGCUACACCCAGCCUACAGGACUCUUUAUUAACAAUGAGUUUGUCCCUGCGUGCUCCGGGGAAACGAUCGCGACGGUGAACCCAUACGACGAAUCAGUCAUCGCGUCAGUGUCCUCUGCAGGAUCGGAGGACGUGGACCGUGCGGUUUCAGCGGCUCGCGGGGCGUUCCAGAACCCUGAAUGGCGGUCCCUAGGCGCCUCGGAGCGGGGUCUGCUACUCCUCCGCCUGGCUGACCUGUGUGAGAAGCACGCGGAAACCCUGGCAACGAUCGAUGCAUGGGACAACGGCAAGCCUUACGACUCGGCUCUGAGCGAAGAUGUCGCCGAGGUCAUCUCAGUCUUCCGAUACUAUGGCGGGUGGGCCGACAAGAUCCAGGGCCGGACAAUUGACACCUCCGAAGCGAAACUCGCGUAUACCAGACAUGAGCCGAUCGGCGUGUGUGGGCAGAUCAUUCCUUGGAAUUAUCCCGCGAUGAUGGCAGCGUGGAAGCUGGGCCCAGCCCUGGCGUGCGGAAACACCGUCGUCCUAAAAGCUGCCGAGCAGACUCCCUUGUCCGUCCUCUAUCUGGCGACACUAAUCAAGGAGGCGGGUUUCCCCAAGGGUGUGGUGAACAUCCUGAACGGCGCUGGUGGGGUGGCUGGUGCUACCCUAGCUAGCCACGUGGGCGUGGACAAGAUUGCCUUCACUGGCAGCACACUCACCGGUAAAGCCAUCAUGAAGGCGGCUGCCGUGAACCUCAAGGCGAUCACCCUCGAGACGGGAGGCAAGAGCCCUCUGCUUGUCUUUGACGAUGCGAACCUUGACCAGGCUGUCAAGUGGUCGCACGUCGGUAUCAUGAGCAAUAUGGGUCAAAUCUGCACCUCGACCUCUCGAAUCUACGUCCAGGACAGUAUCUACGAGACCUUUGUCGAGCAAUUCAAGAAAUACACUGUCGAGAACAGUGUCGUCGGCAGCCAGUUCGACCCCAAGGUCAACCAUGGCCCGCAAGUGUCGCAAGUCCAACGGGACCGCAUCCUGCGUUACAUCGAGGCGGCCAAGUCCGAGGGCGCGAAGCUGGUCCUAGGGGGUGAGACGUUGCAGAGCAAUGCCACGGGCUUCUUUGUACAACCGACGAUCUUUAAGGACACCAACCGUGACAUGAAGGUAGUGCGCGAGGAGGUAUUCGGGCCAUUCGUGGUCAUUGAGUCGUUUAGCUCUCAGGAGGACGCUAUCAAGAAGGCAAAUGAUACUGAAUAUGGCCUUGGUGCUGCAGUAUUCACAGAGAAUAUCACCAAGGCGCACAAGGUCGCCGCGGCCAUCGAGGCUGGCAUGGUUUGGAUCAACAGCUCGCAGGACUCGCACUAUGCGAUUCCGUUUGGCGGUUACAAACAGAGUGGCGUCGGACGCGAAUUGGGCGAGUACGCCCUUUCGGCGUACACGCAGGUCAAGGCUGUCCAUGUCAAUCUCGGAACAUGGCUGUAG